AUGCUGCUACGCACAUCUACAAGAUCCCAUCGACCAUAUGUCCGGGAACUUCAUACUACAUUCAAGCUUUUAAUGACUUUUGAAGGGAUAAGUAUAGAGGCAUCGCAGUCCCCCCAGGAAAGAAUGCAGAGAGUAUUUGGUGGUAGAUUAAAAGGAGAAGUUAGACAUAGGUCUGAGAUUCAAACUUUGAAGAUUGCCGGUAUAAACGUUCCAGAAAAGCCAAAGGAACCUGAUAACUGCUGUAUGUCCGGUUGUCGUAACUGCGUUUGGGAAACCUAUAAUGAAGAUUUAAGACACUGGAAUACUAAGAGAAAGAAAGCUGCUGCCUCCAUGAAGGGAACUGAUAUGAUAUGGCCCUUGCAUUGGAGUCCGCCUUUGAAAUUGCUCGAUCUAAGAAAUAUCCCUCUCCAAUUAAGAGUACAAAAAUUGAAAAUGGAUGAAGUUCAAAAACCAGAUAUCAAAUCAUUAUUCCCAAAAAGAUCUUCACCAUUACCUCGAUCUGUCAUAGAAGCAAAAGAAAGAAACAAAGCCAGGAGGCCGUCCUCUUCCAUGGAAGAAACUGAUGAACAAGAAGAAGACGACGGUUGGGAAGAUAUCCCCAUCUACAUCAAAGUAUUUGCAGAGUUUGAGAGAAAGCAGAGACUGCUAAGAAGAGAACAAAAAUUGAAGAGACGUCAAAUGAUGCAGACCUAG